AUGAAGACCUUGUGUUCCUUUCUCCAGGUCGGCAGAAAUAUGCAUCAAGGAAACCAAACCACCGUCUCUGAAUUCCUCCUCCGGGGACUCUCCAACUGGGCUGAGCAGCAGAAGCUCCUCUUGGUGCUUUUCCUGGGUAUGUACCUGGUCACCGUGGGUGGAAAUGGGCUCAUCAUUCUGGCCGUUGGCUUGGAUUCUUACCUUCACACCCCCAUGUACUUCUUCCUUGCCAAUCUAUCCUUUCUCAUGGCCUAUGACCAUUUUGUGGCUAUCUGCCACCCCCUGAGCUACACAACCAUCAUGGAACCCAGGCUCUGCAUUUUGCUCACAGUCAUCCCGUGGGUCCUCAGUAAUGCUGUUGCCCUAACACACACUCUCCUGCUCCUUCCAUUGCUCUUCUGUGACAGCAAUGCUCUCCCACACUUCUUCUGUGACUUGGCCCCUCUGCUCAGGCUGUCCUGCUCAGACACAGUCGUCAAUGAGCUUGUGUUGCUUGUCGUGGGCUUAUCAGUCAUCACCUUCCCCUUCUCCCUCAUCCUCUUCUCCUACGUCCGCAUCGUCAGGGCUGUCCUGAGACUCGCAUGCACAGAGGGGAAGUGGAAAGCCUUCUCCACCUGUGGCUCUCACCUGGCAGUUGUCUUACUCUUCUAUGGGACCAUGGUGGGGGUUUACUUCUGUCCCUCGUCCACUCAUCCUAAUGACAGAGAUCAGAUUAGUGCAGUGCUGUUCACUGUGGUGGCACCCAUGAUGAACCCCUUCAUCUACAGCCUGAGGAACAAGGACAUGAAAGGUGCUCUGAGAAAACUCAUCAGUAGGAAAAGGGUUCUUCCUUUGAUGCCCUGGGCAACUGAAUUCCUUUUAUCCCUAUUACAACAUGGAUAA